UCUGCUCCCCCAGUUUGGCACCUCCAUCUCCCCAUCUCCCCACCCCAGUCCCCCCAGUUUCCCCAGUCCUCACCCCGCUGUGCCCCCACAGCCGCCGCCGAUGGCUCAGGACAACGCCGCCUUCUGUGGGGUCCCCGAGGGGGUCCCCGCGGGGGUCCCCGCCGAGGCCAAGCCCCCUCCCCCGCCCCCCCAAGCCCCCAAACGCCGCCCGUGGGGGGCCGGGGUGGGCGCGGUGGCCCGGAAGCGCCAACGCUACGUGGAGAAGGACGGCAAGUGCAACGUGCAGCACGGCAACGUGCGCGAGACCUACCGCUACCUGACCGACAUCUUCACCACCCUGGUGGACCUCAAGUGGCGCUUCAGCCUCCUCAUCUUCAUCCUGGCCUACGCCCUCACCUGGCUCUUCUUCGGCCUCAUCUGGUGGGUCAUCGCCUACAGCCGCGGCGACCUGGAGCACCUGGGCGACCACAGCUGGACGCCGUGCGUCAACAACCUCAACGGCUUCGUCUCCGCCUUCCUCUUCUCCAUCGAGACCGAGACCACCAUCGGCUACGGCCACCGCGUCAUCACGGACACGUGCCCCGAGGGCAUCGUGCUGCUGCUGCUGCAGGCCAUCCUGGGCUCCAUGGUCAACGCCUUCAUGGUGGGCUGCAUGUUCGUCAAGAUCUCGCAGCCCAACAAGCGCGCCGAGACCUUGGUGUUCUCCUCGCACGCCGUGGUGUCGCUGCGCGACGACCGCCUGUGCCUGAUGUUCCGCGUGGGCGACCUGCGCGACUCGCACAUCGUGGAGGCAUCCAUCCGCGCCAAGCUCAUCCAGUCCAAGCAGACCCAGGAGGGAGAGUUCAUCCCGCUGGACCAGACCGACCUGAGCGUGGGCUUCGAGACGGGCGACGAUCGGCUCUUCCUGGUGUCGCCGCUCAUCAUCAGCCACGAGAUCGACGAGCGCAGCCCCUUCUGGGACGUGUCACGGGGGCAGCUGGAGAGGGACGACUUCGAGAUCGUCGUCAUCCUCGAGGGCAUGGUGGAGGCCACAGGGUCACUCAGGUAUCGGGGUGCCCCCAGGGAUGACGUGCCAGGCGCGCAGCUCCUACCUGGCGGACGAGGUGCUGUGGGGUCACCGCUUCACGCCGCUGCUCAGCCUGGAGGAAGGUUUUUACGAGGUGGACUACGGCGGCUUCCACCACACGGUGCCCGUGCCCACGCCGGCCUGCAGCGCCCGCCAGCUGGCAGCCGCCGCCGCCCGCCGCGAUGCCCACCUCUACUGGUCCAUCCCCAGCCGCCUGGACGAGGCGGCGGCGGCGGGGGGCGAGGGGGACCCCGAAAUGUCCCCCCGCGAGAGCAACGGGACCUUGGCCAGCCCCGAGUCGCGGUGAUGCCGCCAAAAUCUGGGUGUAAAUACUGAAAAUCCAGCCCCGUUAGGAUGGUGGUGGUGGGUUUGGGGUGUCCCUGGGCUUUUGGGGUGUCCCUGGGUUUGUGGGGACGAGGGGGGACCCCAAAAUCCCCCAUGAGAGCAACGGGACCUUGGCCAGCCCUGAGUCGUGGUGAUGCCGCCAAAAUCUGGGUGUAAAUAGCAAAAAUCCCCCAUUAUGAUGGUGGUGGUGGUGGGUUUUGGGAUGUCUCUGGCCCUUUGGGAUGUCUCUGGCCCUUUGGGGUGUCCCUGUGCUUUUGGGGUGUCCCUGGGUUUGUGGGGACGAGGGGGGACCCAAAAAAUCUCUCAGGAGACCAACAGGACCUUGGCCAGCCCCGAGUCGCGGUGAUGCUGCCAAAAUCUGGGUGUAAAUAGCAAAAAUCCAACCCCAUUAGGAUGGUGGUGGUUGUUUUGGGGUGUCUCUGGCCUUUUGGGGUGUCCCUGGGUUUGUGGGGACAAAGGGAACCCCAAAAUCCCCCAUGAGAGCAACGGGACCUCGGUCAGCCCCGGGUCACAGUGAUGCCACCAAAAUCUGGGUGACCCUGUUUAAUAAAUCUCCCCCCGUGAGGGUGGUGGUGGCGGUU